GUCAUCAUCACCGGUAUUUGAUCGUGAUUGUGUUGAUUACACCGGAGAUCUGGAGCCAUGACAGGCCCCCCGCUGGUCCCACGGCCCGCCUGCUGACUGUGUCGGGCAGGAUGGGAGCAGGUCUGCAGCUUUCAGGAUCCCGAACCAGCCGAUUUAUCAAUGGAGGAGGAGAGUGACACCCGGAAAAUCAACAACAGCUUCCUUCGCGACCACAACUAUGCCACCGAAGCUGACAUUAUCUCAACGGUUGAGUUUAACUCAUCGGGGGAGCUGUUGGCCACCGGGGAUAAAGGAGGCAGAGUGGUUGUCUUCCAAAGGGAGCAGGAGAGUAAGAGCCAGCCCCAACGUCGGGGGGAGUACAAUGUUUACAGCACAUUCCAGAGCCACGAGCCGGAGUUUGACUACCUGAAGAGUUUGGAGAUUGAGGAGAAGAUCAACAAGAUCAAAUGGCUUCCUCAGCAGAACGCCGCCUACUUUCUGCUCUCCACCAACGACAAGACGGUGAAGCUGUGGAAAAUCAGCGAGAGAGACAAGCGUCCAGAGGGCUACAACCUGAAGGAUGACGACGGACGGAUCAGAGACCCGUCGACCAUCACCUCGCUACGGGUGCCGGUGCUGCAGCCCAUGGACUUGAUGGUUGAGGCUACAGCCAGGCGUGUAUUCAGCAAUGCCCACACCUACCACAUCAACUCCAUCUCUGUCAACUCGGACCUUCAGACGUACAUCUCCACCGACGACCUCAGGGUGAACCUGUGGAACCUGGAGAUCACCGAUCGCAGCUUCAACAUUGUGGACAUCAAGCCAGCCAACAUGGAGGAGCUGACGGAGGUGAUCACUUCAGCAGAGUUCCAUCCCCAGCAGUGUCACACCUUUGCCUACAGCAGCAGCAAGGGCUCAAUACGCCUCUGUGAUAUGAGAGAGGCUGCACUCUGCGACAAACACUGCAAAUACUUUGAGGAGCCAGAGGAUCCCUCCACUCGCUCCUUUUUCUCUGAAAUCAUCUCAUCCAUCUCGGACGUGAAGUUCAGCCACAACGGGCGAUACCUGAUGACACGGGACUACCUCACUGUCAAGGUGUGGGACCUUCAAAUGGAGAACAAACCACUAGAGACAUACCAGGUUCAUGACUAUUUACGUGGCAAACUUUGCUCUCUGUAUGAGAAUGACUGCAUCUUUGACAAGUUUGAGUGUGUCUGGAAUGGAUCAGACAGCGUAAUAAUGACCGGCUCCUACAACAACUUUUUCCGAAUGUUUGACCGGAACACUAAGCGUGACGUCACACUGGAGGCGUCCAGGGAGAACAGCAAACCCAGAGCCAUUCUUAAGCCUCGCAAGGUGUGUGUAGGUGGGAAGCGACGUAAGGAUGAGAUCAGUGUAGACAGCCUUGACUUCAGCAAGAAGAUCCUACACACUACGUGGCACCCGCAUGAGAACAUCAUCGCUGUAGCGGCCACCAACAACCUCUACAUCUUCCAAGACAAAGUCAACUAAAGCUGCUGACCCCUGACCCCCACACACACAC